AUGGCGAGAAACUUGUGUUGGUAUUGGACCGGCGCAGCGGGAAGCUGUAGGUUUGGCGACGCCUGUAGCUUUGCACAUGACCGAUGCAAUCCUCCCAGCGCCAGCGCUUUGCAUCCAAGCGCCCCAAGCGAGCCGCCUCGAAGCAUGCGAUGCCGAAAUUGGACAGGUGAAAACGGAAGUUGUCGCUUCGGUGCCCGAUGUCAUUUCCGCCAUGAUGAUAAAUCGGCAUCAUCAGCACGAGGGCACCACGGCAGAUUGAAAAGUCCCGAUGGUCCAGAAGGUCCAGAAGGUCCAGAGGGUCCAGAGUGCUGCAUCUGCUUUGAAGCCCCGCUGAAAAAAGCGAGAGGGAAGUACGGUUUGCUGGAAGGCUGUGAACACGUCGUUUGCAUGGCGUGCGUGAUGUCAUGGCGACAGAGGAAGGAAGUUUCAAGGGAGGCUCGGCUAGGCUGCCCGGUUUGCCGCGUUGUCAGCUACAUCGUUGUCCCGUGGCCGGAGCCUGCUGUCGGGGAUGAGAAACUCGCCAUCUUUGCUCAACACCGAGAACGUUGCAAUGCCACACCGUGCAAAUGGUCCACUCGUGGCCUUCCAUGCCCUGCGGGGAAAGAGUGCCUUUUUGACCACAGUGAAGCACCACAAGUGCGCCGACGCCAUGACGAAGAUCGUUUGGGCCUUGGUCGCCUCCGCGGGCUCUUGGAAGAUGAGGACAUGCUGGACGCCUUGAUCGAAUUGGCUGGGGAAGUCAGCAUUGCAGAGUUGGAUACUGACACACUUCACAUCCUGAGGGCAAUCCUGGAGGCAGUCAAACAAAGCCAAAGCAGCUGCAAGCGAGUGCACAUGAAAACGGGCGUGGCCCGGGCGGGCCGGUCCAGCUUUCAAACGC